UGCGAUGCCUCAUCCGGGUCCUCACUAAUCCUUGACCUUCACCUUGUCCCCUGCUCCCAGCGAAGUCCUCCGGACCCUCCCCUCCCUGGAGUCUCUGCAAAGGUUGUUUGACCAGCAGCUCUCCCCUGGCCUCCGUCCACGGCCUCAGGUGCCUGGUGAGGCCAAUCCAAUCAACAUGGUGGCCAAGCUCAGCCAACUGACAAGUCUACUGUCCUCCAUUGAAGACAAGGUCAAGGCCUUGCUGCAUGAAGGCGCCGAGUCUCCCCACCGGCGGUCCCUCAUCCCUCCGGUCACCUUUGAGGUGAAGUCAGAGUCUCUGGGGAUUCCUCAGAAACUGCAGCUCAAAGUCGAUGUUGAGUCUGGGAAACUGAUAAUUAAGAAGUCCAAGGACGGUUCUGAGGACAAGUUCUACACCCACAAUAAAAUUCUACAGCUCAUCAAGUCUCAGAAGUUUCUGAACAAGUUGGUGAUUUUGGUGGAAACCGAGAGGGAGAAGACCCUGCGGAAGGAAUAUGUUUUUGCUGACUCCAAAGUAAGCGAGGGCUGCAUUGCUCUACGGUUAGAAGCCACGGAAACUCAGCUCCCCAUCUACACACCUCUCACCCACCAUGGAGAAAUGACGGGCCACUUCCGGGGGGAGAUUAAGCUGCAGACCUCCCAAGGCAAGAUGAGGGAGAAGCUCUACGAAAACCCCCUCGGGAUUAAGCAGCCGUUCGUCAAAUGUGCUUCUUUGUGUCUCCUCUCUGCCACCCUCAGGCCCUGCGACUUGGGCAAGAACUCCGCAGAACCUUCCCCUCAAGAGGACGCGCAGCUGACCAAGCCCGAGAUGUUUGAGAACCCGCUUUAUGGGUCUGUGAGUUCUUUCCCUAAGCUGCUUCCCAGGAAAGAGCAGGAGUCGCCCAAAAUGCUGAGGAAGGAGCCUCUGCCCUGCCCGGACCCAGGAAUCUUGUCGCCCAGCAUCCUGCUCCCCAAAGCCCAGGAGGCCGAGGGCACCAAGGGGACAGGCAAGCCGGCGCCCACGCCCUUCCUCAGCCCCACGCCCCGGCUCCGCUCCUUCACCUGCUCGUCCUCCGCCGAGGGCCGGCCGGCGGGCGGGGACAAGAGCCAGGGGAAGGCCAAGGGCGCCGCCAGCCUCCAAGCCCAGGUGCCCGCCAAGAGGCCCGUCAAGCCCUCCAGGUCCGAACUGAGCCAGCAGGCCCCGCCCCCGCCCCCUGCGGCGCAGCGGCCGCCCCUCCCGGUCAAGAGCCCCGCCGUCCUGCACCUGCAGCACUCCAAGGGCCGGGACUACCGCGAGAACGCAGAGCUGCCCCACCACGGCAAGCACCGGCCGGAGGACGCGCCGCUCAGCCGGGCGGCCAUGCAGUAAAGCCCCUGGUGAGCUGCCACCAAGACAGGAGCCCAGAGGAGCAGUGUGAAGCCACUCGGACCUUCUCCCAGGACCCCCUGCUGGCUCCUCCUACCUAGCUUCCUGCGCAGGGCUUCCUGUUUUUCAGGAGAGCGCCUAGUUUCUGUGUGGUCAGCAGAGUGCUCUGACUGCGAAACUUGGCACCAAGUGCUAAGGGUGGAAGAGAAAGUGUACCUGGGCCCCCAGCUUGAUCUUGGUACUUGGGACCCAUGAGCCUCGUUCCGGUCAUCAUUUUGAAGAAAGGAACUAAAGCGCUGAUUUGCAGGUGGAGAUAUAAAAUAAUAAUAAUAAUAUUAAUAAUAAUAAUUGCUGCAUGUGUGGAGCACUCACCACAUGCCGGGUCCUGUGCUAAGUGCUUUACAAACAUGAGUUAAGUCUUCUUCAGCUGACCAAAACCACAUUCCAGACGCCCAGUUCGGAACAUGUGUGCCCUGAGCGGUUUGGACAAAGCAUUAAAAAUUAAGGCCAGUGCCUUGCUGGAGUGAGACAGGGCUUGGGCUUUAGGGAGCUGAAGAGUGAGUGGAUCGCUUAGGAUACAACAAACCUGGCUUUGUCUAGCUUCAGUGAUGCCAACUGCUUUAGCUAAAGCCCCGGGCUGCAGCAGAGCUGGCCCAGAGAAGGGAUCUCUGUCUUCUCAGUUCUUUAGUCGGAAGGAGAAGGAAAAUCAGCUCCUACUCCAGGGUAGAGAUCCGGCUUCAACUCAUGCUAGAGGUGCCCGGGCCCCCCUCGAGGCGGGUAGCCAUCACCAGGCCACGGUUGGAGCCGAACCCCCCGACACUUAUCUCAUUGUGCUCAUAGAAGAGUCUCUGCUGUCGCUCCUGAAAGCCAAGCUCCCCUGCCUGGCUGCCAGGGAGGUGAGCCUCUCGGUUCCGGCUCUCAGAAUAGUGCAGGCAUUUCUCUCUGACCUCCGUGGCUUUUGGCCCUGCUUCCUUGGUUACUAGGAGAGUAGAUUGGCGAUGUCUUUUCUUGUGUUGCUUUUUGACAUACAGAAUUAGCAUGGGAAACCAAAUCCAGAAGUGUGAGUGCAGGAGAAUGGGUACGCACCCCACGUCCCCGUGUGUGUCCGUCUGCGUGACCAAUAAAUUGUGCCUUUCUCACUCA